AUGACCCACUGCAUUGCCUACACAGAGAUGACCUACUUAGGUGUGUACAGAGCGAUGACCUACCUAGGUGUCUACACAGAGAUGACCUACCUAGGUGUCUACACAGAGAUGACCUACCUAGGUGUCUACACAGAGAUGACCUACCUAGGUGUCUACAGAGAGAUGACCUACCUAGGUGUCUACAGAGAGAUGACCUACCUAGGUGUCUACAGAGAGAUGACCUACCUAGGUGUCUACACAGAGAUGACCUACCUAGGUGUCUACAGAGAGAUGACCUACCUAGGUGUCUACAGAGAGAUGACCUACCUAGGUGUCUACAGAGAGAUGACCUACCUAGGUGUCUACAGAGAGAUGACCUACCUAGGUGUCUACAAAGAGAUGACCUACCUAGGUGUCUACACAGAGAUGACCUACCUAGGUGUCUACAGAGAGAUGACCUACCUAGGUGUCUACACAGAGAUGACCUACCUAGGUGUCUAUACAGAGAUGACCUACCUAGGUGUCUACACAGAGAUGACCUACCUAGGUGUCUACACAGAGAUGACCUACCUAGGUGUCUACAGAGAGAUGACCUACCUAGGUGUCUACAGAGAGAUGACCUACCUAGGUGUCUACAGAGAGAUGACCUACCUAGGUGUCUACACAGAGAUGACCUACUUAGGUGUCUACAGAGAGAUGACCUACCUAGGUGUCUACAGAGAGAUGACCUACCUAGGUGUCUACAAAGAGAUGACCUACCUAGGUGUCUACACAGAGAUGACCUACCUAGGUGUCUACAGAGAGAUGACCUACCUAGGUGUCUACACAGAGAUGACCUACCUAGGUGUCUACACAGAGAUGACCUACCUAGGUGUCUACACAGAGAUGACCUACCUAGGUGUCUACACAGAUACACACUGGACAUCUUACAUGUUGAUUCUGGUUAUCAUUUUUUUCUUCUAG